AUGAAAUUGUCCCUCUCUACAGGAAGAGAUACUCGAAACAAUAUCUUCUGUGAAGAUGGAAGCGCCAUCUACAAAGCCACCACUUCCUUUGCAAUCACCGGAAGGGUGACAACUAUUAGCAAGAUUAUGAACGAUGGCACACCAAGGACAACGGCUGACGAAGAUCGGUUCUACCCCAUCGCCAAAAUUGAUUGGCACGUUUUCAAAUCCCCUGUCUUGAGGUUUGAAGACGGGGAGGUCAAAAGCAAGGAGAAUUUUUACAGCACAGGACUCGAGACAGAUGGAGAUGAUCGUGUCUUCUUUGGUCCAAACGGUCAGGAAUAUCAGUGGAGGUUUAGCACAAAUUCGAAGCCAAAGCUAUAUCUCAGCGCUGACUCCGAUGACAUUCUCAUCGCGAGUUUUCAUGGUUCUUCCCUUGGAAUCCGCUCACCAAGAAGGACCGCGUACUUGGAGAUAUUCCCGGGCGGUUAUGGCAUUACGGAUGUGAUUGUGGCGACCUUCAUCUAUGUUGACAGGCUUUCUAAGAAGCAGCCAUCCGGCCGUGGAAGUGGUACUACUUACAUUGCUAGUAGAACCUGCACGGGGACGUCGUGUUGA